AUGGCUCAAGAUGGAGCUCUGAAAGAUGCGGAGAAAGCAGAGGAAGUAGGAGUAGAUGCGAGUUUGCCAGGUGCCAUCAUCCUAGAAGAAGCCGCAGAAACAUCAGGAACCUCACAUACUUCCUCACUACAUGCAGACAACCCUGAAGAUGGUGGACCCGAUCUCGAGCAGUUGGCAGCUGUCACAACCGGACCUCCAUACUCGUCCUUUAGCACGGGGCAGAAACGAUAUAUUGUUCUCAUGGUCACUUGGGCUGCGUUUGUCAGUCCGACUAGCGCAAACAUAUAUUUCCCAGCUCUGAAUCCGCUCAAACAAGAUCUAGGCGUCUCAACCACCCUGAUCAAUUUAACCCUCACAUCCUACAUGAUCUUCCAAGGAUUGGCUCCAACAAUUUUUGGUGAUUUAGCAGACAUGGCAGGGCGAAGACCCACAUAUAUAUUAGCAUUUAUCAUCUACCUAGGUGCCAACAUCGGCCUCGCUCUACAAAAUAGCUAUGCCGCUCUCUUCAUCCUCCGGUGUCUGCAAAGUACGGGAAGCAGUGGUGCAAUUGCGUUGGGAUAUGGCGUUGUCGCCGACAUUUCCUCCAGUGCUGAGCGCGGGAAAUACAUGGGUAUUGUGGGAGCAGGAACAAUGAUGGGCCCCGCCAUUGGUCCAGUUAUUGGAGGUAUUCUUACCCAGUUUCUGGGAUGGAGAUCUAUAUUCUGGUUUCUCGUCAUCCUCGCUGGAGGAUUCCUCGUACCAUUCGUUCUGACGGUGCCCGAAACCGGCCGGAAUGUUGUCGGGAAUGGUUCUAUACCACCUCAGGGCUGGAACAUGACUGUGCUUGCGUGGUUCCGCUUACGAAAAGAAUUGAAGUCGGUCGAUGAACUAACAAGAUCAGUGACUGCUGAAGAUCGUCGGAGCCAGCAAGCAGCACUUGCGAAACGUCGAAAGCUGCGUUUUCCCAACCCGCUAAAGACCAUCUAUAUAAUCAUGGAAAAGGAUAUGGCCGCUGUCCUCUUUUACAACGCCUUGAUCUAUACAGCCUUCUACGACAUGAUAUCAUCCAUUCCACAACUGUUUGAAGAGAUAUACGGCUUCAACGAUCUCCAAAUCGGCCUUUGUUAUAUUCCCUUUGGCGCUGGCUGUGCUCUUGCAAGUUUCAUCAAUGGACGAAUGCUGGACCGGAAUUACAAGAGAGUAGCAAGACAAAUCGGCUUCACCAUUGACCGGAAGCACGGUGACGAUUUAAGACACUUCCCUAUUGAGCGAGCACGACUAGAACUCAUCUGGCCGCUACUCGGUUUCGGUCUUUCCUGCUACCUAUGCUAUGGCUGGGUGUUAGAGCAAAACACAAACCUCGCAGCUCCUCUGGUCUUGCAAUUCCUCAUCGGGCUUACGAUCAAUGGAUCAUUCAACAUCUUGAGCACAUUGGUCGUUGAUCUCUACCCGCAAAGUCCAUCUACAGCUACGGCAGCCAACAAUCUAGUCAGAUGUUUGAUGGGUGCUGGCGGAACCGCGAUCGUCAAUAUCAUGAUCGAUGCCAUGGGACGAGGCUGGUGUUAUACAUUAAUUGCACUGGUCUGUAUUGCUGCUAGCCCUCUGCUGUGGAUUGAGCUGAAGUGGGGGCCGGGAUGGAGGGAAGAACGCCGCGUUAGGAUGGAUAAGGCUGCAGAGGAUCAGAAGAGGGCUGAGAUGGAGCUGGAGGAGGAUCCGAAUAUAAGUCCGGCAAAUUAA